AACAAACAAGAACACUUUAAAAUUUUAAAACACUAACAUCAAGUUUUUAUUUUUCCAAAUUAAAAAUUAUGGAUCUUAUUUAAUUUGGAUUCCGUGGUAUUAGCUGAAUAAUAUAAAAUUACAGUAUUAACAUAAUUUAGAGUUGCUAACCUAUAAUAUUUAGAUUUAGAGGUUAAGUCUGUUGAUCAAGACGACCCAGUCACAGUAAUAUAAUAUGUCUAUUUAAGGAAAUGUUUUUAACGAUUACUAUUUUCCUUUUCUAUACUAUUUUAAAAAUAUAAUAUUGUGUAAACUUUAAUAAUAACAAACAUACCCUAAUAUGAACGGUAGCAAACAGUUUUGGCAGUUUAACCUGUACAAGGCUAUGAGGGAUCCAAGCCUUAUUGCCUAUGAAGACGAGUUGGUCGUUAUUAUCAAAGAUAAGUAUCCCAAGUCGGAAGAGCAUUUCCUUGUUCUUCCUCAAGCUACGAUUCCAGAAAUAAGAUCUCUAAAUGCUAGUCACCUACCUUUGUUGAGACAUAUGGAUCGUGUUUCAAGAUCUUUCUGUGCCAACUUUAAUCAUGUGUUUUGGGCGGGAUUCCACGCAAAACCAACAAUGAUGCAGCUUCAUCUGCAUCUCAUCAGUGAUGACUUUAGAGGGUCCGGAUUGAAAACUGCAAAACAUUGGAACUCUUAUACUACAUCAUUCUUCGUUAGCAUAUCACGUGUUAUCCACGAUUUGGAAACAAAUGGUAGGGUGUUGCUACCCUCUAAUGCUUCACUAAAUGAGUUACUGCGUGCCCCUCUACAGUGCCACAAAUGCCUCUUCAAACCAAGCAACAUGGCAACUUUGAAGGUCCAUCUCAUCUCUCAUACUCCCACAGAUUGAGCUGAACACACGAGUAAUGCAAGACUGACAAUAAAUUCAUGCUUGAUCGUGAGUGGUAAGACUUUUUGUUUAUGAGUAAGAUAGUUGCGGUUAAACAAGACGCUAUCUUGUUACCUGAUGAAAAACGGAAUGUGAUUUAGUACAAGUUAAGUUUUUACAGUUUACAAUUUUUAUUUAUAUUAGUUUGAAAGUUUUUUUAAGUUAUAUGUAGAAUCUUAGAGACCUGUGUUUUAUGAAGCAAACAUGGUAUUAUAUAUGAGGUAAAUAGUCUACUCAAAAGUAGAGGUGUGCGAAUAGUGAUUUUUGGGUUCAAAUCAAGUCAAAUAGAAUACUUCAUAAUAUUUUCGAAUAUUG